CGUCGGUGACUCUGUUAAAUUUAAUUUCAUUUUAAAGAGAGAAAAAAAAGAUUAAAUAGAAAGAGAAAAUAAAUACAGAGAAAGCGAGAGAGAUAGAGAUUUGAUAUAUAUAAAAAGGCUAUGGAAGAAGAAGAAGCAAACGGCAACAACAUUGCAACAAACGCAUUUUUUCAGAAUUGAAUUUUUUUAGAGAGAGAAGGAAAUUUUUAGAGAGAGAAUUUGAAGAGAUUAGAAUGGGAGAUUCAAGCGACUCGUCGUCUUCCUCUGUUUCUAUUGACGUGGAAACUCUCUCCGGAAAGGAAUUUUUUGUUAAGACUCGCUAUGGAUGUGUAUCUGUUUCUGUAUAUGGAGACCAGGACAAGCCAGCUCUUAUUACAUAUCCUGAUUUAGCUUUAAAUUAUAUGUCCUGCUUUCAAGGUUUAUUUUUUUGUCCGGAAGCAUACUCUUUGCUCCUUCACAAUUUUUGCGUAUACCACAUUAAUCCUCCUGGGCAUGAGUUAGGAGCUGCCGCAAUUAGCCUUGACGAACCUGUGCUUUCUGUUGAUGAUUUGGCUGACCAAAUACUAGAGAUUCUCAAUUAUUUUGGACUUGGAGCGGUGAUGUGUAUGGGAGUCACAGCCGGAGCUUAUGUUCUUACUCUUUUUGCUAUGAAACACAGGCAGCGUGUUCUUGGUUUGAUACUCAUUUCUCCCCUUUGCCAAGAACCCUCAUGGACAGAAUGGUUAUGUAAUAAGGUGAUUUCCAACUUAUUGUACUAUUAUGGCAUGUGUGGAGUGGUUAAAGAGUUGUUGCUGAAGCGGUAUUUUAGCAAGGAAGCUCGUGGUAAUGCUCAAGUACCAGAAUCGGAUCUAGUCCAGGCAUGCAAAAGAUUGCUGGACGAAAGGCAGAGUUCAAAUGUUUGGAGGUUUCUUGAAGCAUUGAACGGGAGACCGGACAUCAGUGAAGGACUGAGAAAGCUACAUUGUCGUUCUCUUAUAUUUGUCGGGGAGAAUUCCCCAUUUCAUUCCGAGGCUGUCCACAUGACAUCAAAACUAGACCGAAGAUAUAGCGCUUUAGUUGAGGUUCAGGCAUGCGGAUCCAUGGUUACCGAGGAGCAGCCCCACGCAAUGUUAAUACCAUUGGAAUACUUUCUCAUGGGAUACGGUAUGUACAGACCACCUAAGUUAAGUGUCAGUCCCCGAAGUCCAUUGAGUCCGCUGUGCAUUUCUCCCGAGCUCCUAUCUCCAGAAAGUAUGGGGUUGAAGUUAAAACCGAUAAAAACACGAAUGAACUUGCAAGUCUGAAAAUAUUCGGAUAGAUGAAGAAAAUAAACCUUUUUUGUAAUCUAUUUAUUGUAUUUUCUUCUACGGAACGGGUGAUCGGGAAAUGGUAGAAGAAUGUAGAUAGAGUAGAAAGAGGAAAAAGUACAGGUGAUGAUAGUAAAAAGAAGAAAGAAGAGAUCGAUAUUCUUUCAUUUGUAAACAUGUGUUAGUUAAGGAUUGAGUUACUUGUAAUAAUCUUUUUACAUUGAUAAGCAAGUGAUAAUAAUAAUAGUAGUAAUAAAGAGUGGACGUUGUUGGCU